AUGGAUUCGUCUUUAUUUACUGUCAUUCUUUCGUAUGCUCAGUACUCUUCAAAUAAUCUUAACAAAGAGUAUUUAUUAAAGGGUUGCUCGACAAACACAACUGAUGCGGCUGCAAAUUUAGUUCCAUCCGAUUAUGACAACGCUCUUAGACUUCGCUUAUCACCCAUAUCUAUUUAUGAAACGAUUAACAAAAUAACAUGA